AUAUAGUGAAUGCAGGGUCCGGGGAGAGCGGAUAUAGUGAAUGCGGGGUCCGGGGAGAGCGGAUAUAGUGAAUGCAGGGUCCGGGGAGAGCGGAUAUAGUGAAUGCAGGGUCCGGGGAGAGCAGAUAUAGUGAAUGCGGGGGUCUGGGGAGACCGGAUGUAGUGAAUGCAGGGUCUGGGGAGACCAGAUAUAGUGAAUGCAGGGUCCGGGGAGAGCGGAUAUAGUGAAUGCAGGGUCCUGGGAGACCAAAUAUAGUGAAUGCGGGGUCCGGGGAGAGCGGAUAUAGUGAAUGCAGGGUCCGGGGAGAGCGGAUAUAGUGAAUGCAGGGUCCGGG